AUGUUAUGGCAUCAGAAAAUACUGGAAUCUUCUCGAUUCAAUCAAUAUCUCACCCCGAAUUCACGCCAGCGACCGUCUGCUUUUGCAUCCAUUCUCGAGCUCCUCGCAUAUCCAGGGAGUGACAUUUGCCGAGGUUCGUUAUUUUCGGUUCUAUGUAUUUACAACAAUCGAACUGACGUCCACCAAAUAAAUUCACAAAAGCAAGGUCGUGGUAAAAAACAAGAAUACUACAAGUAUGUUCAGUUUUUGGUCACAUUUCAAGCUGUGCAGAAAGUUUGGGAAUGUUUGAAACGAUGCAUUCGACGAAGGUUAGGACAAGGAACAGGCGGUUUGGCAAACCUCUGUGAGCCUAGACGUCUGGAUGUGGUCCACGCAGCUGGACCUGAGAUGGAAUCGAGCGUGCUUUUGAGCGAGGGUGUCACUGGAGCAAUAACAGAUGUUCUUUUCCAUCUUGUGGCUAAGUCGUUAUCUUCGUUCAAAGAAGACAGAGAUCAGAACCACCACAAAGGAAUGGUAUUAUCGAGAAGUCAAGUAGACGUCACCUUCGGUUGGUGA